CAAUUACUUAGAGAGAUCAGACUGGAUAACCACGACAAUAACAACUACACUAAACCGUGGACACGUCGUCUGGAACCAUUAUUAUCUUGUCCAAUCUACUAUUUUUGUUCUAUCUGUUAGUGUGGUGUUAAAAAAUCCUGUAUGAGAAAUUAGUAACAGUGCAGAAUGGGUGGCUUACUUAGUUAUUUUUCUGGAUUAUUUGGAAAUAAAGAAAGACGAAUAUUAAUUUUAGGAUUAGAUGGAGCUGGUAAAACAACUAUAUUAUACAGAUUACAAGUUGGUGAAGUUGUUACAACUAUUCCAACCAUUGGUUUUAAUGUGGAGACUGUUACAUAUAAAAAUUUAAAGUUUCAAGUAUGGGAUCUUGGUGGACAAACAAGUAUAAGACCAUAUUGGAGAUGUUAUUAUUCUAAUACAGAUGCUAUUAUAUAUGUUGUUGAUAGUAUGGAUAGAGAUAGAAUAGGAAUUUCUAAACAAGAAUUAGUUUCUAUGUUAGAGGAAGAUGAAUUAAAGAAAGCGAUAUUGGUAGUAUUUGCCAAUAAACAAGAUAUUGAAGGUGCUAUGACAGUCUCAGAAGUAGCUAAUGCAUUAGGUUUACCUGCACUUAAAAACAGAAAGUACCAGAUAUUUAAAACAUCAGCAAUUAAAGGAUUAGGUUUAGAUGAAGCUAUGGAAUGGUUGUCAAAUACAGUUCAACAACAGAAAUAAAGUUUCUUACUUGUCAUCAUCAACUCAUCAUCGUUUUAUGAAUAUAUGAAAUCAUUCAUGAUCAAAUCAGUGAAGAACAAUUUUGAUUUGUCGGGCAUUAUUCAAAAUUGCUUAAAUAAAUUGAUGAGGAGAAUAUAAUUUAUAGGUCCCAUAAUUUAAUGUAUUUUAUUCACCAUUUCUUUGUUUGAAUAGGAAACUUCUGUCUACAAACAGUACAGAGUGACAUUAUCUUAGCUUGUGGAUAAAUUGUUUCAUUUAUUGUCAUAGCCUCUGUCAUCAAAACUACCAGUAUUGCACAUAAUAGUUUUGUUAAUGAUAAAGACUUCCAUUGAGAACACCCAAUUCUGAGAUUGAUUGAUACACACUGUGUGUAUUGUCUGUUUGUAUAUGAUCUAUAACUAUUAAAGAUACAAAUUAUUAUUUGUGUAUAAAUGUAAAUAAUUGAUAAUAUUAUUGUAUUGUAAACAGAAUAUUUGGUUGGUUGUUGAUGUUGUAUAAAAUAUAGUAAAACUAAAAUGUGGCUAUUAAUGAAUUAUUGAUUUUAAUAAAUAAUGCUUGGGAAGUAUCUUAAAUUGGCUUUUAGUUCACUGGCUGAUUUGACUGCACAACUUAAACUGUAUGCAUAAUUUGAAAUAUAUCUGCCAAUCCAGUGCUAAGAUAUAGACCAUCUGCUGCAUUACAGAUGGGGAACCACGAUGACUCAGUGAGUAAGACACUGGCUAGCUAGUCUGGAGGUCGCAGGUUUGCUCCCGGUGUUGGCCGAGAAAGUUCAACAUGAUUUUCAGGUGUGGUUUCCCCUUGUCAGUGGUGCAGGAUGGAGGGCCAGACAAGGAAAGCUGUCUAGUCAUUCAGAUGAAAUGGAAAACCAAGGUCCCGUGUACACAUUGGCAUGCACAUAUAAGUUCCCACAGCAGUUGAAAUUUGAUAAAAGUCCGGGCAGAAUUUCCCUCAUAGCACACUGCCUGGCAUAUGCCUCUUCUCAUUAGCCCAGUCUGAGCAGACUAGUAGAACAUUUAACCCCAUUUCAUUUCAUUUCAUUGUGCAUUACAAAUGGCACACACAUUGUAACCAUGAGUGGUUUUCAAGCAGUAAAAUGUAGCGAUCUUAAGGACCAUUUGACAGAUUUAUCUUAGAUAAUGUAUGCAAUAUAAUUUGAACAUGUCUUAUGUUACUGUAUACUCAAAUCAGCCAUUGUCUUCUAUAGAACUAAUAUAACUUAAUGUUUUGGGUUAUUGUAUGUUUUAUUUGGUGAAAUAUACCCAGAAAUAUAAUGAAUUUUAAAUCUAAAUAUGUAUAAUUGUUGGGGUUUUUUUUUCUCAUCUUAACUUAUUUUAUGUAAAAUAUAAACUUAUUGAGUUCAUAUUAUGAUGUAAAUAAUAUGUGGUGAUUUUACAAUUUUUUUGACCAUUAUGAAUGUAUUGUAAACUACAGCAGAUCUGAUUGUCCAGGUUUCCGUGUAUUGACUUGUUAAUUGAGACACAGUACAUACCAAGAACCCUACAACAAGUUAUAAAUGAAAGGGUUGCAAGCACACUAGGGGGUAUGGAUUAGAGGGCUACUUCCAGCAAAAUCUUGUAGGUUUCCAGAUGCUUUCGGAUGCAAUCUAAAGCCAGUUACAAUUCAUAUAACAAGUCUGGGGCACCUUUGAUAACAUGUCUGACAAUUUAAUAAUGUAUUAAUUAUUAAUAAAAAUAUGUUGUAGAAUUACAA